AUGUUCAUUGCAACUCAGAUAUCAAACUUCCCUUCAAAUACUUCUAUAACCAAACCUAUCCAUUCUAAGAAAUUUCACUCAAAUAGAAAAUAUACUUGGCAACCAGAUAAUGAAGUGAAAUAUUGUACUCAAUGCAAAAAAAGAUUCACUUGGUUUUUAAGAAAACAUCAUUGUCGUCAUUGUGGGAAAAUAUUUUGUGAUAAUUGCUCAAAUAAUUUCCCUAUAUUAUUAAAUCCAGAUAACAAAUCAGUAACCCUAUUGAAUAGACCAAAUACAAAACUAUAUAUGACCGCUACAGAGCACAACUCAAAUUAUUCAAUCUCCCCAUUCAGAGCUUGCGAUGAUUGUUUCAAAUUAUUAUUGGAUAAUCGUUUAAUUCUUUCCGAUUGGAAACGAGAAACAAUCUUACAGCAUCAUGAACAAGGAGAAGAUAUUGAAGAGACUGAGGAAAUAAUUGAUAUUCCAAGAGAAAGUUCUCAAACUAGUAACGAAAAUCUAACCGGGGGAGAAUCCUCAAACUUAUCCCUAAGAGAUUCAAGUCCUCAAGAAAGUGGAAGCUCUAAUGCAGAUACUUUUGAAACAACACACACAAGCCCAUUACUAGAUAGAAAUUUACCCUCAAAUGAUAUGACUCCUGCGACUCAACAUGAUAUUGACGAUUCAGCUUUUUGCCCUAUCUGUGCAGUACCUCUAGCGCAAUUUGAUGAUUCAUCAAUUCAUAUAGAGGAUUGUAUUCUAAGAGUUGAGAAUAUUCAUAUUACAAAUGCAAAUGCAACCCCAACAACAAACUACUCAAAUAAUACAAAAGUUUCAAAUGAAAUGCUAACUUCAAGAGUUCCUUUUAGAAAUCGAAUGCUAAUCUAUAAAAUACCAGCUGAUUCAACAGCAAAAAUUCAAGAAUGUCCAAUUUGUUUCGAAGAUCUUUUACCAGAUGAGAAAAUUGGUAGAUUAGAAUGUUUAUGUGUCUUCCACUAUAGGUGCAUUAAAAGAUGGUAUAAGAAAAAAAUUAAUCAGCUAGGUACAGAUGAUCCAAAUUUAAAACAUAGAAACUUUUGCCCAUUCCACGAUGCUUUAGGAUUUAAAUAA